UCUUUACAGAAACACACCUCUAUUCUUUCUCACACUCUUAAUAGAAAACACAUUUCCGACUCCGUUCUUAUUUACCAUAAGGACGAAAAUGGACAAACAAUUUCAAGGGGGUAAAGCUUAUGGUUUUCUCAAGUCUCAACAGGAUGAAAAACUAAACUCUAUCAAUGAGACAUUUCUUUCAGAUCCCCAGUAUGCCGAAGAAGAAGACCUUGCUUCAAAGCUUGAAAUGUUUAAAAGUAAAUACAUGGAGUUUGAUCUCAAUGACAAAGGAGAGAUAGACUUGAUGGGACUAAAACGGAUGCUGGAGAAACUAGGAGUGGCCAAAACUCACCUGGAAUUGAAAAAGAUGAUGUCAGAAGUGGUUGGUGGAUCAACACAAGACAAUAUCUGCUACAAUGACUUCUUAAAAAUGAUGCUGGGCAAAAAGAAUGCAAUACUAAAGCUGAUCUUGAUGUUUGAAGGCAUGGGUAAAGACCAAGAGGCCACAAAUGCUGGACCACCUUCCCGAAAGACCUUUUCAGACCUCCCAUGAGGGAACUCGUUCCUGCACUUCACUCUUUUCCUUUAUGUCUUUGGGAUUUCAAAGAAUCGUAUGAAGGCUAAGCUCAUAAACGCUUUACAAGAGAUAUUGGUUAGGCGUUGAUGUGGCCUAUAAGAAAAGAUGCAUGGGGCCAGGGAAGAUGUCAAAAACAAUUUUGUCAUUGCUUGACUGUAAGGUUAAUUAAAAGGUGAAAUUUGCAAGUGAC